AUGGCGACUGGAACGAUGAAUGUGCCUUCUGUGCCAUCACGACAACAGCAGAAGCUCUCUCUACUCGAAGGUCCUGUUGACCCUCCCCUCGUCGACUUCACACUGGGUGAGCUUCUUGAGCUUCAGACAUACCAGCAUGGCAGCCAAGAAUGUCUCGUUAUUCCGUGGACCGGCGCUCGUUGGACGUAUAAUGAGCUCAGCCAGCAGAGCUCAUCUCUGGCGCAGUCAUUGCUGGAUAUGGGCAUUGGAGUUGGCGAUCGCGUCGCCAUCAUGGCUGGCAACUGUGAACAAUACGCAGCUGUCUUCUUCGCCGUUGCCAAGAUUGGUGCUAUCCUUGUCAUCCUUAACAACACAUACACCCCAACUGAGGCGAUGUACGGCCUGAAGUUUUCUGACAGCAAAAUCUUCUUUACCACACCAAGGAUCGGACGUAUGGACCAGACACAGCUGCUUCAGCAACUUGACAACAAAAAGACGGCCCCCAGGGUUGUGAUGCUUAGAGGCGAUGAAAAUGAUAAAUACGAGACCUAUGACGAAUUAGUAAAUGCUGGUCGACGCCGAAACCCGCAAAGGCUCUACCAAGCCAUGACCAAAGUUCUGCCCCAUCAAGUGGUUAAUCUUCAAUUCACAAGCGGCACAACAGGUCUUCCCAAGGCUGCUAUGCUCACUCACCACAACCUGGUUAACAACUCACGAUUCAUCGGCGAUCGCAUGCGGCUGGGUCCUUCUGAUAUCCUGUGCUGCCCUCCUCCGCUGUUCCACUGCUUCGGUUUGGUGCUUGGUCUCCUUGCCGUUGUUACUCACGGCGGUAAGAUAGUGUAUCCGGCCGAGGUUUUCGAUAUCCAAGCGACGCUUCAGGCUAUCUCUGACGAGCAAUGCACUGCUGUGCAUGGUGUUCCGGCCAUGUUUGAUUCGCUAUUCCAAGCUAAGUGGCCCGAGAACUUCAACUGCGACAACCUACGCACGGGAAUUAUUGCGGGUGCUCCAGUGCCCCGAUAUUUGAUGGAACUUCUUGUCAACCGAUUUGGAAUGACCGAGUUCACCAGCAGUUAUGGCCUCACCGAGGCAUCUCCAACUUGCUUCAAUGCUUUUACCGAUGACUCUAUCGAUACGCGACUAACCACUGUCGGUACAUUGAUGCCUCAUGCCAAGGCAAAGAUCGUCGACCGUGAUGGUAAUGUUGUUCCGAUUGGCGAGCGUGGUGAGCUCUGUAUUGGUGGUUACCAACUCCAGGCUGGAUACUGGAACAAUUCGGAGAAGACCAGCGAAACCAUGGUCCGAGACGCUUCAGGCGUACUUUGGCUGCAUACCGGCGACGAAGCUGUCUUUGAUGAGAACGGUUACUGUUCGAUAACUGGCCGCUUCAAGGAUAUUAUCAUCAGAGGUGGAGAGAACAUCUACCCGCUCGAGAUUGAGGAGCGUCUGAUGGACCAUCCUGCGAUUACUCGUGCCAUCGUAGUCGGACUCAAGAAUAAGCACUAUGGCGAGGUCGUGGGUGCUUUCGUUGAGCUGGCUGAUGGUCAUCAGAAGCCCGCUUUUGAGGAGCUUAAGGACUGGUGUCGUAAGAGACUCGGUGGCCACAAGUCUCCUGCCCAUGUCUUCUGGCUAGGCGAUGACAAUGUUCCAGCGACAGUCCCUUUGACAGGAAGUGGAAAGGUGCGCAAGUUCGAGAUGGCCAAGCUGGGUGAUGAGCUGUUGCGACAGCAGGAGAAGACCUCGAAGCUGUGA